AUAAAGUGGUGCAAUCAUUUUAGACUAAGUGCCGUCGUCACCUGAUUUCUAAUCAAACCUUGAGCUUUUUUGUUUGUUUUAUUUGAAUAACCGAAAUGGAGGAUUUCGAUGAUGACUCCUUUAACGAUGUGCUGGGCUCCAUGGAAAUGCCAGCGGCAGCAAAGCAACCAAAAGUAGAUGCUCCAUCGGCUACAGCUGUGAAUCCUGCUCCCAGCAACAGUACGGAAACUAGUGGAUCCAGCAGUUCCGCAUCCGGAAAGCCGGCUGCGAAUCCGCACUGCGUUCUUGUGCACAGCAAACAGCGUGGCAAUCCCAUCCUGAAAUCCAUACUCAAUGUUCCGCUGGAGUUCCGCGACGACAUCGUUCCCGAUUAUGUGGUCGGUCGGACGUCCUGCGUCCUGUACCUCUCGCUGAAGUACCAUAAUCUCAAUCCCGACUACAUCUGCCAGCGUUUGAAGGUUCUGGGCAAGAUGUACGAGCUGCGGGUGCUACUGGUCCAGGUGGACACACCAGAGCCAAACAAUGCUCUCAAGAGCUUAACCAGGAUAUCGCUGUUGGCCGACCUGACCAUGAUGUUGGCCUGGAACGCCGAGGAGGCGGGUAAAAUCAUUGAGACGUACAAACAGUUCGAGAAGCGACCGCCUGAUUUGAUUAUGGAGCGGGUGGAGUCGAAUCCACAUCAGAAGCUUCUCGCUGCUCUCACCAACAUCAAGCCGGUGAACAAGACUGAUGCGGCCGCCCUUCUUCACACAUUCGGCAACCUGGGCAACAUAAUCAAUGCCAGCGAGGAGCGACUCUCCCAGGUGAUGGGACUGGGUCCCCGGAAGGCCAAGAAGCUGUACAAAACCUUGCAGGAACCAUUCCUUAGCAAAUAGAAAUUUUCAUUGUGUGUAACGCAUUUCAUAACCAUGUAUUGUACACUUCAUCCAUCAUUUGAAUACGAAUACUUUAAUUUGUUAUUA